CAUGAGAUGGAAGCAUAGGUCAAAGCUGUUUGGAGAAAAUUGGAAGUACAGUUUUAUCUAGCCACAUCUCUGAGGAGUCAAGAGAAAACAGUGGAAAUUGGAGUCAUUGUCAAGUGAUUGAGACCUUUAACAAGAAAAUCUCUUUGAAUAAAAAUCAUUUAAAUUAGUAAUAUAACAAGACCAGUGAUUAGAGGUGACAGCAUACAGGAAACAUUAAAAUUGAACAAUGACUCAGCUGUAUAUUUACAUCAAAUUAUUGGGAGCCUAUCUCUUCAUCAUUUCUUAUGUUCAAGGGCAGAACCUAGACAGUAUGCUCCACGGUACUGGGAUGAAAUCGGACUCUGACCAGAAAAAAUCGGAAAAUGGAGUAACCUUAGCACCAGAGGAUACCUUGCCUUUUUUGAAGUGCUAUUGCUCAGGACACUGCCCGGAUGAUGCUAUUAAUAACACAUGCAUAACUAAUGGGCAUUGCUUUGCCAUCAUAGAAGAAGAUGACCAGGGAGAAACCACAUUAGCUUCAGGGUGUAUGAAAUAUGAAGGAUCUGAUUUUCAGUGCAAGGAUUCACCAAAAGCCCAGCUACGCCGGACGAUAGAAUGUUGUCGGACCAAUUUAUGUAACCAGUAUUUACAACCUACACUGCCCCCUGUUGUUAUAGGUCCAUUUUUUGAUGGCAGCAUUCGAUGGCUGGUCGUGCUCAUUUCUAUGGCUGUCUGCAUAAUUGCUAUGAUCAUCUUCUCCAGCUGCUUUUGUUACAAACAUUAUUGUAAGAGCAUCUCAAGCAGACGUCGUUACAAUCGUGAUUUGGAACAAGAUGAAGCAUUUAUUCCAGUUGGAGAAUCAUUAAAAGACCUCAUUGACCAGUCACAGAGCUCUGGUAGUGGAUCCGGACUACCUUUAUUGGUUCAGCGAACUAUCGCCAAGCAGAUUCAGAUGGUUCGGCAAGUGGGGAAAGGCCGGUACGGAGAAGUGUGGAUGGGUAAAUGGCGUGGGGAGAAGGUGGCGGUCAAGGUGUUCUUCACCACGGAGGAGGCCAGCUGGUUUCGGGAGACGGAAAUCUACCAGACUGUGCUGAUGCGCCACGAGAACAUUCUUGGUUUCAUAGCAGCAGACAUUAAAGGGACAGGCUCCUGGACUCAGCUCUAUUUGAUUACUGAUUACCAUGAAAACGGAUCUCUCUAUGAUUUCCUGAAAUGCGCUACGCUGGACACCAGAGCCCUGCUCAAGUUGGCUUAUUCAGCUGCCUGUGGUCUGUGCCAUCUCCACACAGAAAUUUAUGGCACCCAAGGAAAGCCUGCAAUUGCUCAUCGAGACCUAAAAAGCAAAAACAUCCUCAUUAAGAGAAAUGGAAGUUGCUGUAUUGCUGACCUGGGUCUUGCUGUUAAAUUCAAUAGCGACACAAAUGAAGUUGACGUGCCCCUGAAUACCCGGGUGGGUACCAAACGCUAUAUGGCUCCAGAAGUGCUGGAUGAGAGCUUGAAUAAAAACCAUUUCCAGCCCUACAUAAUGGCCGACAUCUACAGCUUUGGCCUGAUCAUUUGGGAAAUGGCUCGUCGUUGUAUCACAGGAGGGAUCGUGGAAGAGUACCAGUUGCCAUAUUACAAUAUGGUGCCCAACGAUCCAUCAUACGAAGAUAUGCGUGAGGUCGUGUGUGUCAAACGUUUGCGGCCAAUUGUGUCCAAUAGAUGGAACAGCGAUGAAUGUCUCCGAGCAGUUCUGAAGCUCAUGUCGGAAUGCUGGGCGCACAACCCGGCCUCCAGACUCACGGCUCUGAGGAUCAAGAAGACCCUUGCCAAGAUGGUUGAGUCCCAGGAUGUCAAGAUUUGA